AUGGGUGCCAGGCACAACGUGACUGAGUUCGUUUUAUCCGGCCUUUUCCAGAGCAGGGAGCUGCAGCACGCCUGCUUCGUGCUGUUCUCCCUCUUUCACGUGCUCACUGUCCUGGGGAACCUCCUGGUCAUUGUCACCAUCAAUGUGAGCCAGACCCUGAAUGCUCCCAUGUACUUCUUUCUCAGCCACUUGUCUUUUGCUGACAUGUGUUAUCCCUCUGCUACAACGCCCAAGAUGAUCGCCGACACGUUUGUGGAGCACAAGACUAUCUCCUUCAAUGGCUGCAUGACCCAGCUCUUUUCUGCCCACUUCUUUGGUGGCACUGAGAUCUUCCUCCUCACAGCCAUGGCCUAUGACCGCUAUGUGGCCAUCUGUAGGCCCCUGCACUACACAACCAUCAUGGAUCGGCAAAAGUGUGGCCUGCUGGCAGGGGCCUCCUGGAUCGCUGGCUUCGUGCAUUCCAUCCUGCAGACCCUCCUCAUGGUCCAGCUGCCCUUUUGUGGGCCCAAUGAGAUAGACAACUUCUUCUGUGAUGUUCAUCCCCUCCUGAAGUUGGCCUGUGCAGACACCUAUGUGGUGGGGCUCAUCGUGGUGGCCAACAGUGGCAUGAUCUCAUUAGUCUCCUUCCUAGUCCUCAUCCUCUCCUACAUGGUCAUCUUACUGAACUUGAGAAGCCGGUCAGCGGAGGGCAGGCGCAAGGCUCUCUCCACGUGCGGCUCCCACAUCAUCACUGUCCUUUUGGUCCUCGUGCCCCCUAUGUUCAUGUACAUUCGUCCAUCUACCACCCUGGCCGCUGACAAGCUUGUCAUCCUCUUCAACAUUGUAAUGCCGCCUUUGCUGAACCCUCUGAUCUACACGCUAAGGAACAAUGAGGUGAAAAAUGCCAUGAGAAAACUGUUUAGGGUGAAGAGGGGAUUAGGAGAGAAGUGA